AUGAACACGACCAACGAUCGAAUUACCGGAACAAAUCAAAAAUCAAAUGUAUUCUGGCAGAAGAUUCUAGCGUCCUACAAAGAAGUAAGAAAAGCAAACCCGGAGGAGAUCACCAUCAAAACCGUUGGUAGUCUGAAGGGACGCUGGUUAAGAAUUGCUCCGGCGGUUGUCAAGUGGUGUGGUAGUAUCGACAAGGCAAGGAUGCGUAGCGGGAAAAAUGAUGAUGAUGUGAUUACUGAGGCCCACAAGAUCCAUAAGAACUCUUAUGGGAAGUUCCAAUUCUAUAAAGAGUGGCUCCAACUUAAGAAGUGGGAUAGAUAUCACUCUAUUCUAGAGCAAAAAGUUCAUGUGUCAGGAUGUGGUCGUCCAACAAAGAAUUCUGCGACGGUUGACACCCUGGGGAGCGGUAGCAAUGGAAAGAGAUCAAGGGAUGAAGAUGGUGGAUCAACACCAAAUUCACCAACAAGUGGAGACGUUUUUGCUGAUGAGUUUGUACCACGUCCUGAUGGUGCGAAGAAGGCUAAGUCGAGGUUGAAGGGCAAGGAAGUAACAACUCAGGCACUUGAUACUUUUGAAUCAUUUGAUGACAAACUUAAACUGUACGGCGAGAUGAGGGAUAAGGCCGUUGAUAGAGAUUUGAAGAGGCUCGAGUUGGAGAAGAAGAAAGAAAAAAGAAAAUCGAGUUGGAGGAGAGAAACAUUCAGAUGCAACAAUAUAAAAUAA